UUUAAGAUGAAGUUGUUGGCUGUUCUCUUCGCCGUGCUGGCUGUUGUCGCCAUGACUGCCGUUCCCGCUUUCGGAAAUGUCAUUCCACAAUGCCCACCCACUGCUGCCGAAACCGCAGCCCAAGGCGGUAACUACCCAAUCACUGACUUAAUGCGCAACUCGAGAAUACGUUACAAUACCGGAAGAAAAUAUUAA